AACCAAGCUAAAAAAACUAGAAAACCUUUUAGAAGUGAAAGAGACAAGAAAGUUGCUGCUCCAUCCUUGGCUGAACAAUCCUGUCGUUUGGUCAUCAAACCUCCCUCAGAGCUCCCUGUCAAAAAAGACGUGACACUCUACCUUAAAGAAUGUCUUGGUGACGAGAUCACGUUUUAUCACGAGGAAACUAAGAAAACUGAUGGUGGGUGUCUCGAAUCUACAUUUGUCUUUCAGAAUAAUGAGCAAGGAAGAAGAGCUGAACUGAUUCUAAAAGAAAACAUCAGAGAAGCUGGAGAAAAAAUUGAAGUUUCUAUUCUCACGGAGGGAGCGCGUACUGAUAUGAUUUUGGUCGAGUGCUUAGCAGAGCUUCAGAAAAAGAUGACAGCAAUCGAAAAGCAGCAUACUGUCAAGAUAGAGAAAAUCAGUCGUCACAUUAAGGAUCUUCGUGUGCAAAAGCACAUAGCUUUUAAUGAAUUUGAAAAAAUAUGCUCGGAGAGAAAAGUCCUGGAACACAAGAAAGAGGAACUUGAAUCACAGCUCCGAGAAUUUCGACGUUUUGAACUUAUCACAAGAUCUACUCUGGACGCCCAAAGACGGCUGCCACCCUCCUGUGUUGAGCCUACAGUGAAGAAACUAAGGGAAGCAUUUGGUAGAGAAUGUCGCAGGAUCGAAGCAGCCCUACCAAUGUACGCGAAAAAAACCAAAAUUGUUCAGCUCAUAACGGAAAAUCAGGUCUGCGUUAUUCUUGGAGAAACCGGAUCAGGUAAAAGUACACAGAUGACCCAGUAUUUGUACGAGGCUGGUUUUGCUGAGAAGGGUUUAAUCGUUUGUACCCAGCCACGUAAAGUUGCUGCGACAAGCCUAGCAUUCCACGUCGCUCGAGAAAUGGGGAGCACUGUUGGAAAAGUAGUGGGCUGCCGUGUAGGAGGAAACGUUCAAGCAAGUAAAGAGACGACUGGUAUUUUGUACGCUACAGACCACAAUCUUCUCAAUGAGUGCCUAAAGGAUCCUCAGUUGUCAAAGUAUUCUUGCAUAAUAAUUGACGAAGCACAUGAACGAAGUCUUUACUCGGACCUACUUCUUGGUAUGAUCAAGAAAAGCCUUAUUCAACGUCCUGAGCUGCGAGUGGUCAUAACCUCAGCUACCAUUGAUCCAGCUCUCUUCGUGGCAUAUUUUGACCAAUGUCCAGUACUGAAAGUGUCCGGCAGAAUGUUUCCCGUCGAGGAAAUUUGGAAAGGUGAUCCAUCUUCCAACGUUGAAAAUUAUCUUCAAGAGGCUGUAAAAACAGCUCGCGAAAUUCACCGCAAGGAGGAUCCAGGGGACAUUCUUGUGUUUCUGACUUCUCCAGCAGAAACGGAACGCGCUUGUGAAAUGUUAAGAAAGGUUGAGCGGGAUGCUAACCUAGUUUGUCUUCCUCUCCACGGAAAGCUACGUCAAGAAGAGCAAAAGAAAGUGUUCGAAGAAGACGGAGACAAACGUAAGGUGGUAUUUGCUACCAACUGUGCGGAAACCUCUAUCACCAUUCCUGGGAUAAAGUAUGUAGUGGACACUGGUAUGGUGAAGGAAAUGAAGUUCGAACCGAAACGCAACAAAAGUUCUUUAGAGGUAACAACCAUCAACAAAAGUUCUGCUGAACAGCGAAAAGGAAGGGCAGGAAGGACACAAGCAGGGAAGUGCUUUAGACUCUACAGCAAAGAGGUGUAUGAGGCAAUGGAAGACCAAUCAAAACCAGAGAUCCUAAGGGUUCAUCUUGGUCAGGCCGUGCUGAAGCUGAUGGAACUUGGUAUCGAAAAUGUCAGAGACUUUGAUUUUGUAGAAUCGCCACCUUUUGACUCAAUAACCCUUGCAUUAGAGUUGUUGAAUUCUCUUGGUGCGAUAACAAACGGAAAACUUACACAGCUGGGAGGCAAAAUUGCUCGUGUUCCGGUAGAGCCACGAUUGGCAAAGGUCAUAUUUGAAGGCAUUGACAAAGGUGUAGGUGCGGAUGCGUUAGCAUUGGCAGCCAUUGCAACUGCGGGUGGGAGCGUUUUCUUCCGCAUGGGAAGCGAAGAGGAGAAGCAGGCAGCUGACAGUAGAAAAGUAGGUUUCUGCCUGAAUGGUGGAGACCUACUGACGUUGUUGGAAGUGUACAGGCAAUACCUCAAGCAACCGAAAGAUUUACCUAAACGAAAAAAGUGGGCUGUUGCUAACAGCUUAAACGCUAAGUCACUUCGCAUGACAGACGAGACUAUCAAAGAGCUAAAGCUGACUUUAAAGCAUGAAUUAGAGAUAACGAUCCCGAAUACGUUGCAGAAAGACGAGAACACUGAUGUGAAACUUCAAAAGAUUUUGUUUUCUUGUUAUGCCACCAACUUAUGCUUGUUUACUGGCCACGAGAAAAAAGGAUACAGAGUGUUGUCUUCAGACCAGUGUGUUCAAGUGCAUCCAUCGUCAGCACUCAAGUUUCUCGGAGCAACGCCUCAGUUCAUCGUCUUUGACCAACUGCUCAAAACGUCUCGUGACUUUGUCGUCAACGUUACCCCUGUGGAGGAGACGUGGCUCCGGGAAAUGAUUUCAACAGGAGCUCUCAAGUAUGACCUAGAGAACCUAUUGUCGACUGUAUUAACCGAAAUGGCAUUGCCAUGCAGUCCAGAACUUAUUAAAUUGACGUUUGGAGGUUACAAAAGAAAAAAAGUUGAUCAAAUUGAGGACAAAGUUUCGAAGUCAUGCGAUGACAGCUUGGUUGUGUUAGAGGAGGACAAAGAGAGGGGGCAAAUAAAAAUCUUCGUUCCUCCAAGGUACACGGCGAAAGCCCUGUCAGUGAUAGAGAGUAUCUUGGAGGAAAGCAGAAAGAUACUUAGGAGUGAGGAAAGAGAAGAGCCCCUGAGGGAAGAGUCCCUAGGAAGUAGAAUGGUUUGGGGACAAGGCGGUGAAAUACGGGAGUUGCUGAUGCUGGACAUGUACAGGACUGUCACAGUUGGUAAGAUAGAAAAUGGCUACUCAGCAGCUGUUUUAGACCACCUUAGAUCCUUCGGAGACAUCGUGAAACAUAGUCUUAGGGAGCAGAACGGCAAGAUGCGAGUCUUUGUGACUUAUAGGGAUUCACAGGAUGCGCUAAAGGCAGUGAACAGCCCUUCCAAUUCUUGUUCAGAUAUCAACAUCAAAGUACAGCCGAGUAACUCGACAGGCGAUGGUAACCAACUACGUUUUUCUCAGUUUAAAGUGAAAGUUAAGUGGCUCAGACGUCCAGGAAAAGGCACAGGAUCAGUGCAAUUCUUCAAUGGCGAAGACUUCUUUUACACGCUCGGAAGAAUAUCGUCGCUGAUUAUUAAAUCCAAAAGGGUGAUAUUUCAAGCCGACAAAAUUCACAAUCAACAGAUAUUCAUGAGAAGGCUCCACCCUGAAACAUCAGAGGAGGAUGUGACUUCUGCUAUCGAAGAGAAGCUUCCCUCAGUAAAAGUGAUGAAAGUUUUCAUCCACCGAAUAGCAGAGUUUGAAACAGCGGAUGAGACUCUUGUAGUACAGAAGACCCUCUUAGAAGAAAGUCUCAGCAGCUUUGCCACACAAGGUGAGUUCUCAGUCUACGUAGGAAAACCUUCCACGAAAUCUUUUGAGGGAUACGCCCACCUGACGUUCCAAAACCCCGAGGAGGGUGAAGCCGCUAUAAGAGGUCUUAAUGGAAUGAACAUCCCAGGCAUUGGUAUGGUAACCCUGCAUCCCAACCUGUCAACUGUGUUGUCAUGUGCCAGAAAUGUUUACGAAGUCAUAGAAGAUGAGUUCAUAGAAACUAUCAGCGAGUUGGAAUCAACCUUUGAAGCAAAUUUGAUCAUUAAGGUCAAAAAUAAGCCUACAGAUCAGCGUGUUUUGAUAGAAAUUCAAAGUGAGUCCACGGAACACUUCAUAUCUACUACCACUGUUCUCACCGAAAUUUUCAAUGGGGAUAAAAUUGACUGCAAGAUUUCUAAAGACCUGGAGAUUCUUUUGACUAACUCAGCAAAAGACGUUCUUCGAACAAUUCAGAAAGACACUGGAACUGUAAUCAGUCAAGAUUGGAAGAACCAGGCUGUAAGAAUUCAUGGACCCGAAGCCAACCGAGAAUCAGCAAAACGAGCUAUAAACAAGUUUCUCGAUGAUUCCAUCAAUGGCAAUCGCCAUUCUUGGCAGAUUCAACUUCGAGGACCAAACAAGCCCCGCGGACUGCUGAAAGCUCUGUUUAAAAGGUUUGACGUCAAUCUUCAAGGAUUACGAGACAUUAAUGGUGUCCAGAAGAUCCAUGUUGAAUUUAGAAACCACGUACUCAAGAUAGAGAGUUCAGAUGAGGCUGAAGAACUAAUCAACAGCUAUGUGGAGGAAUGCUGUAAAAAUCUUUCCCAAGAAUUGUUUCCUUUGCAACAAGACCAUCAAACACAGUUAACCUGUGGUAUAUGCCUAUGCGACUUGGAUUCAACAGCAGACGUAUACAGACUUUCCUGCUGUGGUCACGCUUACGACAAGAGCUGUGUUAUCCAACAACUCAAGUCUCCAGACUUUCCGUUGAAGUGUGUCGUGGAACAGUGUGGAGAGCGUCUUGUAUGGAAGGAUUUGCAAAACUUGUUGAAUGACCGCGAAAGGAAGAGGCUCGCUUUGACCGCUCUAGAUGAGUAUGUCAAAAGAAAUCCUGAAAUUGUGAAGUACUGUCCAACGGCGAACUGUGGCAUGGUAUACCGCGUCUCAACUAAUGGGAGAUCCUUCACCUGUGAUGCAUGUCUGGCUCAGACCUGCACAUCUUGUCACGUGCAAUGGCACGAUGGGCUCACUUGUGCUAUGUUCAAAUCAGAGAAGCAAGUAGAGGGACGUCUCGUGGAGUGGAUGAUGAAGGACCCAAGUAAUAGAAAGAAAUGUCCCAAAUGCAAGGCACCGAUUGAGAAGAAUCAGGGAUGUAAUCACAUGGAGUGCUCACAGUGUAGAAGCCACAUGUGUUGGCUGUGCCUGCAGGUGUUUCCAACCGGGAACGAUGUGUACGAUCAUCAACGACACUGUCCCAAUAAGACUGCAGCAUGA